AUGUUCAUUGAAUUGAUGCGAAAAACGCGGACGCACACUCACACUUCCUCCUACCACGGUCCCGAACAGCACAGAGGAAAUCAGGUGGGAAGGGAGGGGGAGGCGGGCGCUGGCGGUCCCCGGGGCGCCCACUAUGUCCCUGCUCAGUCCUCCGCCCCGCACGGGCGCAGCUUCAGAGGGCGCUGCUCCUCAGAGCCGAAGAGAGAAGAGGGCGUGCGGGGCGAGGCUGAGGAAGCGCGGGAGAAGACAGGGCGUGCGGAGAGAGGGUGUGGGGCCGUGGGGGAGAGCGUGAGGGGCAGGGGUAGGGUGUGCGGCCGUGGGGGAGGGCGUAAGGGUCAGGGAGGAAGGCGUGUGGGGAGAGGGUGUGCGGAGCGAGCGCAAGGGCUGGGGCAAGGGCUAGCGGGCUACUCCCAACUUUGGGGCGGGGAGGAAGGAGUUAAAGAUCCAGGAUUGGCUCUUCUGUCACCAAGUCUGGGAGGGACGAGCCCGGGAGGGAGGGUUCGGGGCUUAACUCUGGUCCUCCACGGUUCCCGCCGGACGCCGCUUCUGGCACACUCGCGGAGGCCGGCGCUUGCGCGCGUACCGCAGACACUCGCACUGCCGGUCCUCCCUCGUGCCCCGCUCGGUUCUUCUUCCUGGACACCACUCGUUCGCUAUCUUUUUCUUUCUCUCUCACACGCAAACACACGCGGUCGCUCUUCUGGCGCACACUGCUCCGUGCAGGCGGCGGUCCGUGUACGCCUCAGCAGCCCGCACGCCCCGCGCCCCUCGCGCCCUCAGCCCUCAGCGGCGGGGCAGCGAGCCUGGGGAGAGCGGCCCAGCCCCGCUCCUUCCCUUAGGGGAGCGCUGACGCCCAGGGUGGCCGCUAAGCCUUGA